UCUUUUAUGCUAAAAAAGAAAAUUCCCCAGAGUGCUUACAAACUCUCCUCCCACUCCCCUUUUCCUGCCUUAAAUAAACAAUGGCGAGCGAGCACCCAGCCGGGGAUGUGUCUGAUCAAACAAUCAUGGAUCAAUAGCCAUGUUUGGAGAAGGAAGUUGUGACUGCUCCAGCUACUGGGCAUUUUGUCUGUUCCAGUUCAUGUAAUCUCCCAACACCCCAUGAGGCAAGGCUUUGUUAAUCCCAUUUUACUGAAACUGAACUAAGACUCAGAGAGAUAAAGCUAUUGCCCAAUGAGCCUUCUUUCUGCCCUCCAGAUCCGCGGUGCUAAUUCCCCUUCUGAUGACCUAAUGAUUCUGAGCUUGGCAAAGGUCUUAUCUCCCAGCUCUCCCAGGUCCAGUGUUCCAGGAAUGUGACCUUUGCUGCAGCAGCCGCUGGAGGGGGCAGAGGGGAUGGGCUGGAGGUUAAGCAAACAGAGCAGCAGAAAAGGCAGUUCCUCUUCUUCAGUCCCCUCCCUCCCUUCCUCAGGCAUCAGAGCGGAGACUUCAGGGAGAUCAGAGCCCAGCUUGCCAGGCACUGAGCUAGAAGUCCUGCCAUGGCACCCCUGAGACCCCUUCUCAUGCUGGCCCUGCUGGCAUGGGUUGCUGUGGCUGACCAAGAGUCAUGCAAGGGCCGCUGCACUGAGGGCUUCAACGCUGACAAGAAGUGCCAGUGUGAUGAGCUCUGCUCUUACUACCAGAGCUGCUGCACAGACUAUACGGCUGAGUGCAAGCCCCAAGGUGUGUUCAGAGCCCAGGUGGGUGGGCUGGGGUGCCCCUUGCAGCUGGAGACUCACUACCAUCCACUCUCUGCAGUGACUCGUGGGGAUGUGUUCACUAUGCCAGAGGAUGAGUAUGUGGUCUAUGAUGAUGGUGAGGAGAACAAUGCCACCAUCCAUGAACAGCCAGAGGGCUCCUCCCCGAGCCCUGACCUCCAGGCCCAGCGUGAAGGGAAUCCUGAGCAGGCAACUGUUCUGAACCCUGAGGAAGAAUCCCCUACACCUGAGGUGGGCACCUCUAAGCCUGAGGGGGUGGACUCAAGGCCCGAGACCCUUCAUCCAGAGACCUCUGAGCUCCCAGCAAAGGAGGAGCUAUGCAGUGGGAAACCCUUCGACGCCUUCACCGACCUCAAGAACGGUUCCCUCUUUGCCUUCCGAGGGCAGUACUGCUAUGAACUGGAUGAAAAGGCAGUGAGGCCUGGGUACCCCAAGCUCAUCCGAGAUGUCUGGGGCAUCGAGGGCCCCAUUGAUGCCGCCUUCACCCGCAUCAACUGUCAGGGGAAGACCUACCUCUUCAAGGGUAGUCAGUACUGGCGCUUUGAGGAUGGUGUCCUGGACCCUGAUUACCCCCGAAAUAUCUCUGAUGGCUUCGAUGGCAUCCCAGACAAUGUGGACGCAGCCUUGGCCCUCCCUGCCCAUAGCUACAGUGGCCGGGAGCGGGUCUACUUCUUCAAGGGGAAACAGUACUGGGAGUACCAGUUCCAGCACCAGCCCAGUCAGGAGGAGUGUGAAGGCAGCUCCCUGUCGGCUGUGUUUGAGCACUUUGCCGUGAUGCAGCGGGACAGCUGGGAGGACAUCUUCGAGCUUCUUUUCUGGGGCAGAACCUCUGCUGGUAUGAGACAGCCCCGGUUCAUCAGCCGGGAUUGGCAUGGUGUGCCAGAGCAAGUGGAUGCAGCCAUGGCUGGCCGCAUCUACGUCUCAGGCAUGGCACCCCGCCCCUCCUUGGCCAAGAAGCAAAAGUUUAGGCGUCGCAACCGCAAAGGCUACCGUUCACGCCGAGGCCACAGCCGUGGCCGCAACCAGAACUCCCGCCGGCCAUCCCGCGCCAUGUGGCUGUCCUUGUUCUCCAGUGAGGAGAGUAACUUGGGAGCCAACAACUAUGAUGACUACAGGAUGGACUGGCCUGUGCCUGCCACCUGUGAACCCAUCCAGAGUGUCUUCUUCUUCUCUGGAGACAAGUACUACCGAGUCAACCUUCGCACACAGCGAGUGGACGCUGUGGACCCUCCCUACCCACGCUCCAUCGCCCAGUACUGGCUGGGCUGCCCAGCUCCUGGCCAUCUGUAGGAGGCAGAGCCCACAAGGCUGGGCCCGCUGUAGCUCCCUCCUCCAAUCUCCUUCCCCCAGCCCAAUAAAGGUCACUUAGCCCUGAGUUUAA